AACGCUUUCGCCCUGGUUUGACAUGAAGUUUGAAACCCCAACUGCUCCGUCGCCGCCAUUCGAUGGUCACCUGAAUUGAUCCGGACCGUUGGUAAUCGGCUAGGAGAUAAAAAUCCCGAGUGUGAUUGGAAACAGGGAGUGAAGGCGGAGGGACGGUGCCUGGAGAGGGAAAACCAACUUGCAAACUUUACACAGACACUCUUUAUCAGACACCGGAACUCACAAUUUUACACUUUCCAAUUCACUUCAGUCCACUCCUUCCGCUCUCUUUACCGUUUUUAGAGGAGGUCAAAAGAGGAUAUGUCAUCUGAUACUGCAAAAGAAAAUGCCUCUGUAGUUGACUCCUCAGUAACUGAAUGGAAACAUGAUAUGGUGAAUUUUGAUGACCCAGAGAGCCCAAUCUGUAAAGGUGAUGAGGGCACUUAUCCUCGUAGGCCGGAAAUAGCAGGUCAAGAUCAAGUGGGAGAUUCAUCUUUAAACCAAAAGGUUAGAUUGUAUGAUACAAGAUAUUUCAUCAUUAAGAGCUUGAACCAUCAUAAUAUUCAACUAUCAGUUGAGAAAGGAGUUUGGGCUACUCAAGUCAUGAAUGAACCAAUUUUGGAAGAGGCCUUUCAUAAUUCUGGUAAAGUCAUUCUAAUAUUUAGUGUCAACAUGAGUGGUUUCUUCCAAGGUUAUGCCCAAAUGAUCUCUUCUGUUGGGUGGAGGCGUGACAACAUUUGGAGCCAAGGAUGUGGUAAAAGUAAUCCUUGGGGCCGCAGCUUUAAGGUUAAAUGGUUACGGUUAAAUGACUUGCCUUUCCAAAAGACGCUUCAUCUCAAGAAUCCGCUGAAUGACUACAAGCCUGUUAAAAUUAGUAGAGACUGCCAGGAAUUACCGGAAGAUGUAGGAGAAGCUCUUUGUGAUCUGAUUGAUGGGGAGAGUAAUAGUGAUGGCAUGCCGAAAAGGGAUGAGCUUCCUCUGAAAAGGCAUUGUAUAGUGCCUCCAUGUUCAUUAGGAGAUGAAGAAUAUAAUGUACAUUCGCUGCAUAUGCCAUGGGCUGGAGCAUCCAUGCCUUAUCCUUCAUUUAUCUACCAACAUUGUGCUGAAGCAAGUAGAUUUCAUUUGGCUCAUCAGGGAACCAGUGGUGUUAAUUUGCCUCUUGCAUCUAGUGCAUCAAAUGUUUCGAGGAUGAAACAUUCUCAGCUGAAUGGAAGUUUUGCAAAUUUGCAAGUACAGUGUGACAUGCAUUCUCGAAACGAUGCUUGGGGUUUGUCAGCGGAGAGUCCUCUGGCUAGUACUCUGACUGAGGAUGAUUUUCUUGAAAUGACGUAUGAAGAAUACCUAGAAGUGCAUAGCAGAAGCAUCAAAAAAAUGAAUCUCCCUGAGCUAAAUUAUUUAGCAUGCAAAGGGCCUCGGUCAUUGUUAUACUUGUUAAGAAGUAGUUGGAUCUUCUCAAACAACACCGGAGUCAUCAAGAAGUAAAAAACAGGAUGACAAUUUAAACUCAAGCUCUGUAACUGAAAAGUGUCGCUCACGGAAGAGGACACAUCAUUCAUCUGAUAAAUGAUCAAAUACCUCAUACAAGCAGCUAGUGUUGGCCCUUUUGCUGAUGAUACUACUAUUGUCUGAUGGAGUUUUGAAAUUUGCCAUUCAAGGCAACCAUUCAGUCUGUUCUAAUUCCAGAAACUGGGACUCAAAUCUUGUUGUGGUGUUGUACACUUCAUGUACUUGUAGUUGAUUACUGGAUUGCACUGUUGUUUUUACUAGGGUAUGUUACUGGUCUGUACAGAAAUUACCAAUAACAUGUCCUUCUCUCCCUGAUGUUAGUCCCGCCAGCGUCCUCUCCCGUCUCUUCGGCCCUUCCUUCCCUGGAGGGUGAAAUCAGGCAGUACUGAGCUAGAUUUAGAUGAGUAAAUGCACUAGAUUUUGGAACGGGCUUCACGUUAUCAAGCGUUUUGAAGAUGGUAGAGCAUGAUGUAAAAAAUUGUAACUUGAUCUUCUCAGAUGCCUUAAAUUGGAGCAAACUUUGGUGAAUAAAAAUAGAAAUAGAUGCAUUUAUGGAAGCAUAAACAAAGGGUGGUUGGUAUAUGAUUGUUCAUUAAUUUUUCUUUGC